UGGUAAGAGAGGAGGAAUAACCAACUCAGCCAAAAGUAGAGGUGGCCAAGGCCAGAGAAUGAGAGAGAAAUAGAGGCCCUGCAUUGUAGGAGGCAACUGGUGGAAAGGUGGGUUCACCUUUCAAAGGAUAGAAAAAUCAGAAUAUGCAACAAGUUUUUUUUCUCUCUCUGUCUCUCUCUCUUCAUCCAUAACCCUAUUCUUCUUCCACCAACCAGGGUCCUGAAUUGUUGCGGCGAGCAGUUACGGCGGAGGUGGAGUUUCCGGCUUGUGUUGUGACGUAAAUCUUCGCCGGAAAAAAAACAACAAAAAAGAAAAAGAAAAAGAAAGUUGCUAUAUUGAGACAUGGAGGACACCGUGACUGCUCCGCCACCAGAUUCAAACCCAAGUUCAGAGAGCACAAAUUCAUCAUCAUCUUCUUCUUCUUCAACUCCAUCCUCAUCACCACCAUCACAAUCAUCAUCACCACCACCACCACCAACAGCCACCACCACCCCUCCCCCGCUAUCUUCUCCUUCCCCACCACCACCAACAACACCGGCAUCAUCAUCAGCCAAAUCCCCACCCCCAAAGUCAUCUCCAUCACCACCACCACCACAUACUUCAUCAUCACCGCCACCACCAGCAUCAUCCUCCUCCAUUCCUUCUCAAGGGUCUUCGCCACCACCACCACAUGGCUCUUCUUCCACCGUGUCUUCUCCACCUCCGCCUCCAACAUCACGAAAAUCGCCGCCUUCUUCAAAUACAUCUUCAAGCUCUAGUGGGUCAUCGUCAUCGUCUUCAUCAUCUUCCUCAGAUAGUACAGGACUUGUUGUAGUAGUGGCUGUGAUUGGGGUUCUGAUUAUUGCUAUGCUGAUCGCUUCUUGUAUAUGUUGCUUAGUAAGGAAGAAGAAGAGAAAGGAGUACUAUAUGGAUCCUCCUCCACUUGGACCUAAAGGUGAUUACUACAACGGUCCAACAAAAUGGAACAGUCCCUCACCCAAAGACCACGUCAUGAAGCUUCCUCCGCCACCAGGCGGCGGUAGCGGUUGGGCUGUGCCGCCAACUCCACCACCAGGCCCCACAAACACAAGCAGUGAAUUCAGCUCCAGCCACCAUACACCGCUCCCACCUCAAUCACCAAACAUGGGUCUGGGAGUAAACCAGAGCAGUUUCUCCUACGACGAGCUAGCAGCAGCCACGGGCGGGUUUUCGCAGGCGAAUUUGCUGGGACAAGGCGGGUUCGGGUACGUGCACAAAGGCGUGUUGUCGAAUGGGAAGGAGGUGGCGGUGAAGAGCCUAAAGGUGGGAAGUGGGCAAGGAGAGAGGGAGUUUCAGGCGGAGGUUGAAAUCAUCAGUAGAGUUCAUCACCGGCAUCUGGUGUCGCUGGUUGGGUACUGUAUUGCUGGUGGACAGAGGAUGUUGGUGUAUGAGUUUGUUCCCAAUAACACCUUGGAGCAUCAUCUUCAUGGGCAAGGUCUGCCAACAAUGGACUGGGCAACUAGGAUGCGUAUUGCACUGGGAUCAGCCAAAGGCCUUGCUUACCUUCAUGAAGACUGCCACCCUCGGAUUAUCCAUCGUGACAUCAAAACUGCUAACAUUCUUAUUGACAAUAACUUUGAAGCCAUGGUAGCAGAUUUUGGAUUAGCAAAACUCUCUUCUGACAAUUUCACUCAUGUCUCUACACGUGUGAUGGGAACUUUUGGGUACUUGGCUCCAGAGUAUGCAUCAAGCGGCAAGCUAACCGAGAAAUCUGAUGUUUUCUCCUUUGGAGUAAUGCUUUUGGAAAUCAUAACUGCUCGGCGACCAGUGGAUCCUAACAGUAGAUACAUGGAGGACAGUUUAGUGGACUGGGCUAGGCCACGUAUGGAACAAGCAUUGGAAGAUGGAAUCUAUGACGAGCUAGUGGAUCCGCGCCUGGAAAAUAACUUCGUCCCUCAAGAAAUGGCACGCAUGGUGGCCUGUGCUUCUGCUAGCAUCCGUCAUUCUGCUAGAAGGCGACCGAAGAUGAGCCAGAUCGUACGCACAUUAGAAGGAAAUUCGUCGCUGGAUGACUUAAACAAUGCUACUGCAAAACCGAGCAACCAAAACUCCGCCUACAACUCAUCUAAUGAGAUCUUCAACCCCGGAUUAGCCACCAAAGGAUACGACACAGCUGCAUACAACGCCGACAUGGUGAAAUUCAAACAAAUGGUGAUGUCGAAGCAAGAGUAUGCAAACAGCAGUGAUUUCGGAGUAACGAGCGAGUAUGGGCUCAACCCAUCCUCUUCAAGCGACAACUCACGAGAGUUCGGCCUUUCGGGGAAUCAGAGACACAAACUAUAAACCAGCAACCUGGCUGGAAAAAUAUGAUCAAAAAAAAAAAACCUAGCUGGAAAAACACACAAACAUUAACAUUUGUAAUGUUUAUUCUUAACUAGGUUUGUUUAGAAUAUUCAAUAAGUCUACUGACAUGAAAAUAAUUUGGUCAUAUAUGUCAAAUUGAUAUUGGGACACAACAUAAAAAGAAAGAAAUAGUUUCGUCUAAAUUAUUUGACCUAUGUUUCAUAUGAUUAAGUCUGUUGUAGAUUUAUUAUAGAAUAUUUUGGUUGGAUGGAUAUCUACGUGGUGCAAAUCAAUAUAGA